AUGGAUCAAGGGGCUCAUUCUUGUGGCGAUUUGGAAGAUGGUCAGGCAUUGCCGCCGAGUAGAUCUGAAUCCCAGCCCCACAAUACCCAGGACGAGCCCCAUGAACGUGGAAGGCGUCGUCGGACCGGUCCCGAGGAUCCAUGUCUGAUCUGUCUUGCUCCGCUGGGGAUAGACACAGCCGUGCUGGAAUGGUGUAGAGCAGAGUGCGGUACAACCUUCCACAUAGCCUGUUUGUUUACUUGGUGGCGCACAUCUGGGCAUGAAGAGAUGACCUGCCCUGCUUGUCAGCGUCGCUGGCUUGAUGUGGACAAGAUUAAGGAAUGGAACACUUGA